AGAUACAUUCACAUUCAACAUAAAACACACUCUCACAUAUAUAAAAACUGUUGAAAAAUAAAACAAACAAAGGAAUACUACUCUUUGUGCGGCCAUGGGUUUGGAGGGGCUUGUCCACCGGCAUGCUGUCCUUGGGUCAACACCCAACGUCUCCUCACCUUCCUAGAGGAGCUAAAAGACAUCCUCCUGGACCGCCAACAACACCAUCCUGGGCCCGCACAUCACAUUUAUGUGAUCAUUUGGGACAAUGUACGCUUCCACAAAAUAAACCAAAUAAGAGAGUGGUUCACCACCAACAAGUAACCACUUUUUGAACAUCUGUCUGCCACCUUACUCCCCUUUCCUGAACCCUAUAGAGGAGUUCUUCUCAUCGUGGAGAUGGAAGGUUUAUGACAGACAACCAUAAACUAGAGAGAACCUCCUAAGGGAAAUUGAGCUGGCCUGUGUUGACAUCCCAGUGGAGGCCUUCAAAGGAUGGAUUCGCCAUUCCAGGGCGUUUUUCCCGCUGUGCCUGGCAAGAGGCCAUAUAGCCUGCGAUGUGGAUGAGACAACCACAUGCGGAAGCGUGCACCACUGUUUGAAGGCAGCAGAUGUGAAGAGAGGAUUGAAUGCUCUGCUACCAUGUGGAGAGCCGUCAGACAGAGGCAGUGUCAACCCAGCAGAAGGCUGCUGAUUCCUCUUCUGAGCUUGGUGUUGAUUUCGCUGGCUCUUUUGAAACUGCCUGUCUUUCACUCGGACCCAAAGCCUGUGGAGGUGCCGGUGGACCCCGUCUAUAGAAAGCGUGUCCAGUCCUAUGUCCGAGACAUACUGGCCCAAGAAUGCAGACCUUCUUUUGCCCGGCAGAGAAUGGUGGCUGAACAUUACAGCUCCACACCAGUGCUAGAGCCCUUCUUGGACAACACUCAUCUGAAUGAACAAAUAUUCCAGUAUCCCUUACCGUUUGGUUUCCUGAACAUGGAGACCUAUCUUCAGGAGAUUCUGGACCUCCUACCAGCCUCCUCUGAGGAGAGACGUGGAGCAAGGGACUGUCGUCGAUGUCUAGUGAUUGGAAAUGGAGGAAUACUGAAAGGACUAGGACUCGGACCUCUUUUUAACCAGUUUGAUACCAUCAUCAGAUUGAACAGCGGUCCUGUGCGAGGUUUCAGUGCAGACGUUGGGAACCGCACCUCCAUCAGGAUGAGUUAUCCUGAGGGCUCCCCGAAGGUCUGGGAAGACAUGGAUUCAAAUCUUAGAUUUGUGGCUGUGAUCUAUAAGUCUGUUGACUUCCACUGGCUUCGUGCCAUGAUUACCAAGACGUCCGUUUCGCUGUGGGACUGGAUGAAUUUCUGGCAGAAUGUUCCAGGGAGUCUCCCUCUCAAGGCCUCCCAGUACCGUCUGCUGAAUCCAGAGAUUAUUAGAGAGACAGCUUUGGAUCUGCUUCACUAUCCCAGUGUAAAAGAGCGACUCUCGGACUGGGACCAGAAUGUCCCUACGUUAGGGGUGUCUGCGCUCAAUCUGGCAACAUACCUGUGUGAUGAGGUGAGUUUAGCAGGCUUUGGCUAUAACCUCAGCCAGACGCACGCUCCUCUGCAUUACUACGACCACAGACUCAUGUCAUCCAUCAAACGAGAUACUCCUUCUUCCACCUUGACCAAAAUUUGUUUGCCAAAAACUGCACCUGACGCCAUCUCUUGCAAUGUCCCUACGUUAGGGGUGUCUGCGCUCAAUCUGGCAACAUACCUGUGUGAUGAGGUGAGUUUAGCAGGCUUUGGCUAUAACCUCAGCCAGACGCACGCUCCUCUGCAUUACUACGACCACAGACUCAUGUCAUCCAUGCUGAAGGAAGUCACGCAUAAUGUUCAGACCGAGACGGCUUUCCUCAAGAGUCUGGUGAUGUCUGGCAUUAUCAACGACCUCACGGGAGGAAUUCACUGCCCCUUCUGUUCAUGA